GCUGGUGCAGGCGGACAGCCCCUCCGCCCCAGUGAAUGUCACAGUCAGGCACCUUAAGGCCAACUCGGCAGUGGUGAGUUGGGACGUCCUGGAAGAUGAGGUUGUCAUCGGAUUUGCCAUCUCUCAGCAGAAGAAGGACGUGCGGAUGCUGCGCUUCAUCCAGGAGGUGAACACCACCACGCGCUCGUGCGCCCUGUGGGACCUGGAGGAGGACACGGAGUACAUCGUGCACGUGCAGGCCAUCUCCAUCCAGGGCCAGAGUCCCGCCAGCGAGCCCGUGCUCUUCAAGACCCCACGCGAGGCCGAGAAGAUGGCCUCCAAGAACAAAGACGAGGUGACCAUGAAGGAGAUGGGGAGGAGCCAACAGCUGCAGACAGGCGAGGUGCUGAUCAUCGUCGUCGUCCUGUUCAUGUGGGCCGGUGUCAUCGCCCUCUUCUGCCGCCAGUAUGACAUCAUCAAGGACAACGAACCCAGUAACAAGGAGAAGACCAAGAGCGCAUCUGAAACCAGCACGCCAGAGCGCCAGGGCGGGCUGCUCCGCAGCAAGAUAUGAGAACGUCUCAGUGCUUGCUCUGAGCAGCUCAGAAGACAGUAGAGAAUGUGAGGCUCUCACGGUUCUGACGACGACUACCCAGCAAACGCCUGGCCUCUGCACCACCGCCUCCUCCGUCUCCUGGGCCCUCUGGCUCACUGUCCUCUCUCUUGGCUUCUCUUUCUGGCACAUCUUCCUGAAGCCUCUUAUUAGUCCCCAUCUCCAGAAGCACCUCAACGAUGCGCGUGGCUGAAGCUGUGCCCAGGGGCAGAUGGACAGGGUGUGAGGACCAGCCAGAGGGGUGGCUGCAGGGGUAGAGGGGUCUCAGGGUGUGGGCCCAGGACCCAGCUUGGCCAUUUGGCUGAGUGAGGCCGGAGGCUGGGUUUGAGAAGGUAGGGACGAGACUCCCAGGUAGGGCUACUCUCCUUUCCACAAGGGACGAGAGCCUGGCUCCUAGACCACAGGCCUGCUGCUUCCUCCUCCCUGUCCUCUCUGUUUCCACCUUGCAAGAAGGCUAUUCAAUUAGCCCUGGCCGCGUCGCUCGUUUUUUUCCUCUCGGUUUCCAAACAAGCCCUCGGUGAACAUCAGCGAAGCGUGACUGCCUGUCUGCAGGGAAGAGGAUUUCAUUUUUCUUCUCUGCUGGUCCCUGGGUCCAUGGGCACAGGACGAGGGAUGACUGCAGCAGAGGGAGGCAGGGCUAGCUAGCUGCACAGUUCUCCCUCUGUCCUAGUCUGAUGGAGGCGGCUGAACUACAAACCCAAACUGCAAAAAAAU